AUGGUAACUAGCCUUCAAUACCAUGCAACUACUGGAUGCAUCCCAGUUGAAAGGGAAGCAAUCAUCACUUUUAAAGAAGCUCUAAUAGAUCCUUCAAAUCGGCUUGCAUCCUGGACUGGUGAAGACUGCUGUGCAUGGCCUGGUGUAACCUGCAACAACAAAACAGGUAAUGUAGCAAGGCUUGACCUUAGAAAUGGGGAGUGUUAUGAAGAAGGUGAAACUGCUAUCCUCACUGAAAAUUCUUCGUGCUUGGGUGGUAAGAUUAGUCCUUCUUUGCUUAAGUUGCAGCAUUUAAACUACUUGGACUUGAGCAUGAAUAAUUUCCAGGGGAGCCUUAUUCCAGAAUUUUUAGGCUCGUUUGAGGAAUUGAGUUACCUCAAUCUCUCUUAUGCAUCUUUUGAGGGACUAGUUCCUUCCCAUCUUGGAAACCUGUCAAACCUGCAGUAUCUUGAUUUGUAUGAUCUGAGAGCACUUGUUUCUGAUUUGCACUGGCUCCAAGGUCUUUCUUCUUUGAAACACCUCAACAUGGGAUAUGUCAACCUUAGUUUGGCAUCUGAUCACUGGCUUCAAGCUGUUAACAUGCUUCCUUGUCUUUCAGAAUUGAGACUAGAAUCCUGUGAGCUUCGCAACAUUCCCCAAACUCUAUCCACUUUGAAUUUCACUUCCCUGUCUGUCCUGAACCUGUACUUCAAUGACAUAGACUCCACCAUACCUCAGUGGUUCUCUAAUCUCACUACCUUUUCUGAGAUUGAUCUAUCAUACAACAACGUUGAAGGCCAUAUAAGCAAACUAUUUGCUGGCCUAUCUCCCAGCAAUGGUAGCUUAGAGGCACUCUAUUUACAUUAUAAUGAACUAAGUGGACAGCUACCAGAUCAUUUACAAAUCUUCAAGGAACUAAGGUACUUUUACCUUUCAAACAACUUGAUCUCAGGCUCUAUUCCAGCAUCAAUAGGAAGUUUGAGGAGCUUGGAGGUAUUAGACCUCAGUUACAAUCCGAUAAAUGGUUCGAUUUCAGAAAGCAUUGGAGAGUUAACAGGAUUAAAGCACUUGUAUCUCUUUCAGGAUUCCAGAGAAGGUUCUCUAUCCCAGAAACAUUUUCACAGGCUAAAUAAUUUGGAAACUCUGGCUCUAUCAUCUUCAAGCAAACAGCUUUUCUUAAAUGUGAGCAACGACUGGAUUCCUCCUUUCAAUCUAAAAUUCAUGAGAAUCACCAAUUACCAAAUUGGUGAUAGAUUCCCAACUUGGCUGAAGACUCAAAAGCAACUGUCCACACUCUAUCUUCAAGGGGUAGGCCUCUCAGAAACUGUACCGAAUUGGUUUUGGGAAUUAACCCCUCAAAUAAUCAGGUUAGAUAUCUCUGAUAACCGGAUAGCUGGAGUGCUCCCGAAAUCACUGGAAUUUCCAAGGGGUGCAUGGGUGGACUUCAGCUCAAAUCGGUUCGAAGGCCCUCUUCCUUUAUGGAGCAAUGUGUCAUAUCUGAGUUUGGCCAACAAUUCGAUAUCAGGAUCGAUCCCGGAGAACAUUGGUGAACAAAUGCCAUACAUGACUUACCUUAAUCUGUCAGGUAACUUUAUGAAUGGUGAGAUACCCUUCUCCAUGGGGAAGAUGAAGUAUUUGACUGAGCUGUAUUUGUCAAACAACAAAUUUUCUGGAGAAAUCCAUGAUAACUGGGGGAACUCACAAGCUCUCUUAAUUAUUGAUCUGUCAAUGAAUAACCUUUCAGGCAAUCUUCCUAGUUCAAUGUUUUUACCAACUUACAUUCUCUGGUUGAAAUUGAAUGGGAACAAUCUUUCCGGAGAACUCCCAUUCGGAACAACAAUAAACUCUACAUACUUGAGUCUGCUUGAUCUUGGAGACAAUAGAUUUUCCGGGAAAAUACCAAGAUGGAUUGGAGAAAGGCUAACCUCACUCACAGUGCUAAGGUUGCGAAACAAUAAGUUCAUAGGCAGCAUACCUCAGGAGUUGUGCAGUCUUCAGAUGCUACAUGUCUUGGACUUUGCAGACAAUGAUCUAUCAGGACAUCUUCCUAUCUGUUUGGGCAAUUUGAGUGGCUUCCAUGAUGUGAUGUUGUACCACAAAGUACCACCAGAUGUACCUUAUGCAUUUAUACCUCAAGUAGAAUUGGUUGUGAAAGGGAGAGAAAUGGCGUACACAAAAACACUUAAGCUUGUGAACAUUAUUGAUCUUUCAAGCAAUCAUUUGCAAGGAGACAUUCCAGAAGAGGUAAGCAAUCUCUUAGCUCUGGGAACCUUAAAUUUAUCUAGAAACCAGUUCACAGGGAAGAUACCGAAAAAGAUUGGCAGUUUAGGCCUGUUGGAAACUUUUGACCUCUCAUGGAACUCUCUCUCUGGUAGUAUUCCUCCUGCCAUGUCUCACAUGACCUCAUUAAACUUUUUGAAUUUGUCUCAUAACAACUUAUCUGGACCAAUUCCAUCAACCAACCAGUUCCUUACAUUUCAAGAUCCCUCUAUUUAUGGUGGUAAUCCUGGACUUUGUGGGGAACCAUUGCCUACAAAAUGCCAGAUCCUCACUGGCCAAAACAGCAAUGGGAAAGGACAGAUUGAUGAUGACAAGAACGAAAAAAUGCAUGAAAAAUUUUGGCUCUUCUUUUUAACAGGAUUGGGAUAUGCAUUGGGAUUUUGUGGAAGUUUGGUGAUGACAACUUUCUGGAGACAAUGCCUGCUUAAAGUUCUAGGAUAA